UAAGCAAAUCUUAAAUCUAAUGGCUUCAAAUGUUUAUGUAAAAUCAGUAAUUUGGUUAACUUCAUUAGGUGGCCUAGGUUACGGUUUAAUGGUUCUGACCGAGCCUUCUGAAGAAAAGCUAUCCAAAAUACGAGCCACCACUUCUAGCGCUAAUCUUACUGAGAACGAAAAGAAAAAAGUAUUAUUUUUGAAACGUUUACAAGAAGCUGCUUCAGAUCCUUCGCCUAUAUACAUUAAGAAGAAGGAAAACUAAGAAAAUUGUAAAAUGCAUCACGAAUUAGUAGAUAAUUUGGACGUCGAAAUUCCAACUGCCGUAUCAACAA